CACCCUCCCCCCUUUCUGUCCCAUAGCCUGUCCCCUCAUGGGGAUAUAAGACCUCUGUGGGAAGAGGAGGGGCCCUCGUUCCACCUUCGACGUAAUCUCGGCAACAUGAAGUGUCUCUUGGUGCUCCUGGCAGUGGCUGCCAUCGCCAUAAGUCAAGCUCAAGCCCUCCAGUGUCAUGUCUGUGAAAGUGCUGACAAUUGCAAGAAAGCAACCUCUUGUCCCAAUUCUUCUCGGCAAUGCAAAACAACUCUCAUUUACCAGCGAUUGUCAGGGAACCUGGUGAAGAAGGAAUGUGCUGACUACUGUUCUCCACAGGAUAGCAAUCCAGGGCAGACCCAGCCUCAGGUCCGGUGCUGUAACACAGACCUGUGCAAUGUUGGAAUUGAGAACUCAGCUCCUGUCCACACGCUGCUCAGCCAUGCUGUCCUGGCCCUCAGCCUUAUCCUGGCGCUGGUCUCUGCUCUCAGUCUGUAAACUUUGGGACCCUUAGCCAGGCCACAACCCAGCCCUUCUUUCCACACAACUCCAGCCCAGCUCCAUGUCCUUCCCCAAUCCAUUUACUUCCUCUCCAAACUCCUCUCAGUCUCCCAGGAUAAGGGGCACAAGGAAGGGGAUGCUCAUUUUGCUCCCAAGGUCUAGGAGGUCAGUUCUGUUCCUCACUUCUCUCAAAAUAUAAGCAUCUCAAUUGGCUAUCCAGAGAGUCACCCUCACCAAGUACUCCUGCCAGAUCCAUCUAGGGAUUCAGAGAUUCUGGCCCCAUGAAUCAGAAUCACUGCCUUUGUUUUUCAUCUGGGAGUGGGGAGGAAGAAUGGAGAGGAGAGAACGUCACUGCAUACAGUGGAAAGAGAAAUAGAUUUGGAACUUGGAGAACUGGGUUUGAAUCCUGAUUUUAUUUUUUACUAGUUAUAUGAUCCUGGGUAAAUCACUUCAAUGGGCCCGUUUUUUCAUCUAUAUAAUGAAAGGAGUGGAUUCAAAUAAUCUCUAUAGUUCCCUAAAAUCCUGUAUUCUCUAAGAGGUGUUGGGAUGAGCAAGAGGACAAAGAUGGGGAAAUCAUUUCAAUCCCACUAGCUUUUGUAUUCUUUCUAUUAUCUUGGAUUUUUAUUUUCAACUCAAUAAAAAUAAAUGACUGAAAAGAAGACAACAA